CUCUGAUUGAGCAGAACUACAGAACUAUUGAUUAUUUUCGUUCAAGCUUACAGAUCGGGAAGCUCAGGGCCAGAUCAGCCGCAUCUAACCUUCACGCGCCACCGCCAUGGCAACUCCACCGACGCUACCUGUCACCAAUCAGCAAGCUGUUCAAUCUCAGCCUCCAAUCAACACACCUGCUUUUCGUACUUUCUUCUCACGCCUCUCCACCUCGAUCCGUGAUGGCUUGUCACAGCGUCGUCCUUGGACGGAGCUAGUCGAUCGGAGUUCCAUGGCUCGUCCUGAAUCUCUCACCGAUGCCUUGUCCCGGAUCAGGAAGAAUCUCGCCUACUUCAAGGUUAACUACGUCGCCAUCGUCUCCCUCGUGCUCGCCUUUUCGCUUUUCUCUCAUCCUCUCUCCCUUCUCGUGCUGCUCGGUCUACUAAGUGGGUGGAUGUUCCUUUACCUCUUCCGGCCAUCAGAUCAGCCAUUGGUCGUCUUCGGUCGCACUUUCUCUGAUCGAGAGACCUUGCUUGCUCUUGUCUUGUCUACGAUCGUCGUCGUGUUUAUGACGAGCGUUGGAUCUCUCUUAACCUCUGCGCUUAUGGUUGGUGUUGCGAUUGUUUGCGUACACGGUGCUUUUGUGGUUCCUGAUGAUCUCUUCUUGGACGAUCAAGAGCCUGCCAAUGCUGGAUUACUCUCAUUCCUUGGAGGUUCUGCUACCUCAGCUGCUGCAGCUGUCUCGGGGAGAGUUUAAGAGCUGGAUUCGAUUCAGAUCUCGUCAACGAAGCAACCUGGAGUUGAGAUGAGUAUUCGUGCCUUUUAAUUACAAUUAUGAUUGGUUACUCCGUACUGAUUUUAGGGAUUUGGUGUUGUUGAUUUGAAUGUAGAUUCGUAACGAAGCUCAGCAUACUUAGAACUACGAAUUUUUGGUUGCAAUAUCUGCUUCGUCUUGUGUUGUUUUUCUAUUUGGUGGCUCGACACUUUUAUGUUCAGAUGUAGAAAACUCAAAGUUGCUCUUUCUCUAUCGUUCUCCUAAUUUGGGAUUCACUGUUAAAUUUUCAUCUCCCUUCA